AUGUACUUCAAGUCGUGGGUGAAGGGCGCUUUGCUGGGAUGUGUGCUGCAGCUGCCUAGCUUCUCGAAUGCGCAAUCGAAGCGCGCUUGGGAAUUAUCAGACGUACCCUCACCAGAGAUCUUCCUACGUCGAGCAGAGGCAAGAGUCGCGGUUCUCGGCGAUUAUGCCUACAUCGAUGGCGGAGAGGUAUCUCAGCUCGAUGCGCGAGGUAACCCGAUAACGUCGCGGGGCUCCAAUGCAGUGAACUCCACAUUAUCGAUCGAUUUGACGACGUCAUGGUCCGCAACCAGCGUCAGGAUUAGGGAGAUCCCGAAGACGCCGAAAACCAUGGAUCAACAGGCGAUGUGGAAGAACGACGCGAAGAAUACAUUCUGGAUCUGGGGCGGGCAUAGCCCAUUUGGAGCACCCUUGGAAGAGCCCACGUCUUGGAAGUUCGAAGCGGACGGCAAAGGAGGUGGCACGUGGUCAAAGGAGACGCCAGCAAAUCCAACACUUUUCCAGGAACUGCGACGGAAUGAAGGAGGCGCAUUCGCUAGCACCCCGGACGCUGGGUUCUGGUUUGGAGGACAAUCAUCGGGCUGGACAACCUCGAACCCAUACUCGCAGCCACUCCCCGGCAUUCUCUCUUAUAAUAUGACCACGAGGUCUUGGACGAACGAGACAAACGAUGCAUUUUCCAAGUACGGCACAUUAACGGGGGGCUCUGCAAUCUACAUUCCGACUUUCGGUCCGAACGGUCUCAUCACCAUAAUGGGCGGAGCGACAUGGGGCCUUGAACCUGAUCAGGCGAAGCCCCUCGGGUGGCAGGACUUCAGUAACUUGACAUUCAUGGACCCAGUAACCAGUGACUGGUACUGGCAGAAGACGACUGGGAACGCGCCUACUCCCCGUAGCAACUUUUGCAGUGUUGGUGUCGAAGGUAACAACGGAACCUACGAGAUUUUUGUAUUUGGCGGCACCAACAGUGAAACAGGUUCAACUUACGACGACGUCUUUGUCCUGAGCAUUCCGGGAUUCUUCUGGAAUCAAGUCCCUUACGAAUCAAAAAACCCAAGGAGAAAUCAUUGCUGCGCAGUAGUUGGCCGCCGUCAAAUGCUAUCUGUUGGGGGAGCAGAUGGGAAGACGGGAUAUACAAGUGCCGACCCUUGGCCGCAAGGACUUGGUCUCUUCGACAUGACGGACUGGACUUGGAAGACGGACUACGAUGCAGAUGCCAAAGACUACGAAAGCGCAAAAAUAGUUGGUGACUGGUAUCAGCAAACUGGUACCAACUCUGUCCAGUGGUCAUCCAAUGAAGUCCAGGCACUAUUCAGAAAGUCAAACUCCAACACUACAGGUGAAACCAAUCAAGAUUCGUCUGGCGAUAAAGACGCCAAGGGAUCUGCCCCAAUAGCUGCCAUUGUCGGAGCUGUCGUGGGAGCCAUCGUCGGUGCAAUCAUCGGGUUUGCUCUCUUCUGCUUCGUCAGACGUCGAAAGCAGAAGAAAACAGCGGAAGCUGCAACUGCACUUGCUCCAUAUCCUGACCACUUAAAGGGUGACGGAGCAUAUCAGGCUUACUACCACUCUGUGGCUCCAGGGGAGCUGCAUUCGGAUGUGCCACAAAAUGAAUUAUACGGUGGGUCGAUACCCAAGCACGAGAUGUGGGCAGAAGUACCGAAGCAUGAGAUGGGUGCCUCGGGAGUUCAUCACUACACUGUUACUGAACUUGACUCCCAUAACACUCUUUUGGGACACGGAGAUGGAGAUCACUCCAAAUUUAGACGUGAUCUGCUAUAG